UUGUCUGGUUCUGUCCAGCAUAGCCUGCUUGCUUUGCUUUGCCUUCCGAUUCCGUGGCCGGUUGGUUCUGGUUGGUCGUGUGGUUUGUUGUCUGUUUGAAGCGCGCCCUCCCACCAAUACAAUACAAUCAUCACCCUCAGUGUUCCCUGUUGUCAUUUCGAGCGCUGUCAUCAAACUCAUAUUCACUUUUUUCGGCCACUAAACAACGCAAUAAUCUAGUGACAAUCAGUAACUCAUUUGACUCGGAUCACAAUGGAUUAUCACGUACGGAAAGUGUAUUGCUGGUGUCUCCUAAAACCUUCGGACUAGGUGUCCUGGUAGGCCUAAUCCUCCCCAAGUGCUUUGAACCAAGUGUGAUUGACAGUUGUGUGUUAUUAAUUGCAUCUACCUGAAGUGUUUUUUGUUCUACUGGAAUAACAAUUGUAAUCAUCAUUGUCAGCUUCCUUGGAGCUCAUCUUGCGGUUUGAUUGAUUGACUCGUUUUCUACACUUCUAAUCAAAUUGAUGACGGUUCCCUACUGGAUGAUCACUGUGCUGUUGAACAUUAAUUAGGGUGGUGAGACCGUGAUGGUGGUGGAGGUGGGAAGAGGGGUGGCAGCGCAGUUGAGCUGCGCAGAGUGGAGUGAGAGCAGCGGAGGCGGCAGCAGCAGGUAGCUGGGGGGGAUAUGCGCUGCAAUGGAGGCGGCGGCCAGUGGAGGACAAGUGUCGGUCAAGUGGACGGGGGCGGUGGCGGGUGGAGUGGGGGCAGCUAGCAGCGAUUGCACCGGAACGACGGUCAUCGCCUCCGGCCCGGUCACUGUCACCUCCAUCAAUGUGCCCAUAGAGCACGACAACAAGAAUAAUGCAACAAGCUUCCAGCAGCAUUUGAACGGUGUGAGCGGAAGCAGCGUGAUCAGCGGCAAAUGCAAUGUGGUUGUGGGCAACGUGGCACUGGACGAUUGCUCCGGCUCGGACGCUGAGGUCAGCAAAAUAGACUUUUCGGGCGUCAACAUGCGCCAGAAGAAGAAGAAGCAGCGGGCUGGGGGUGGGGGUGGGGGCGGUUGCAGCGAGGAUGACGACUCGCGUGACGGCCUCCUGGAGCGACCCAUGUCCUGGGAGGGCGAGCUGUCCGAUUCGGAGAUGCCGUCAGUCAAGCAGGACGAGGAGACGUCGAUGGAGGGAGUGCAGGUGGGGGUGGGGGGUGCCGCCUCCGCUGCCUCCACCAAGCCGCCUCCGCUCAACUUCACCAGCGAGGCGAUGGUCGACAAAGUGCUCGAGCAUGUGAGGAUCAGCGGCCUCAACUCGCACACCGAGUUACCGCUGCUUGUCGACAAACUACUCAGUAGCGGGUACAGUCCUGUGAUGCAGCAGAGGCACACGAGUAACGGCAACAGUAACACGAGUAAAGGCGGCGGCGGUCACGUGGGUCCCACUCCCAGUCCCGACUCGGCUGUCUACUCGUGCUACUCGCCGACUGCCAGCCCUGUGACGUCACGGCACGGCGUGCCAUCCUCGUCAUCGGGCAUCUCGUCUCCGUUCACGCCGUCGCUGUCACGCAACAACUCCGACGCCUCACAGUACGGCGGAUCGCAGCAUUCCAGCUGCUACAGUCAGAGCUAUUCAUCUGUAUCUGUGUCUCCAACUCAGUUCUCCCCCACUCACUCACCAGUCCAGGGUCGCCAUAUUCACAGGCCUGGAUUUCCCUCACCAGUAUUGAACUCACGUGGAAUUCAGGAUUUUCCCGUUCAAGGAGGAAUGGUUUAUGGUGUGAACAGGCCGGGACAUCAAACGUCAGCCAAUGAUGAUGGCGGCCAACAUGAUUUACCUUCAAUUGAUCAAAACGAAGAGGGCAGCUUAGAGGAUAAAAUCAGUGAACUUGUACAGCAUUCCCCGGGUCUGGCAACAACGGGGAUUUCUCGCCAGCAAUUGAUUAAUAGUCCGUGUCCGAUCUGCGGUGACAAGAUAUCGGGAUUCCACUACGGCAUAUUCUCGUGCGAAAGUUGCAAGGGCUUUUUCAAGCGAACUGUGCAGAACCGCAAGAACUAUGUGUGCCUGCGCGGCUCGUCGUGUCCGGUGACGAUUGCGACGCGCAAAAAGUGUCCGGCCUGCCGCUUCGAGAAGUGCUUGAACAUGGGCAUGAAGCUGGAGGCGAUACGCGAGGACAGGACGCGAGGUGGAAGGAGUACCUACCAGUGCUCGUACACACUGCCGGCCAGUCUGGUUGGGGGGGCUGCUGGGCCCCCGGGCACCCCUGCCACCCCGCCUCCCGCCUCGGCCACCCCUCACAAGCAGGAGCCCAACGCAAGGCUUGUACCACCUCUACUUCAGGAAAUGAUGGAGGUAGAACACUUAUGGCAAUACAACGAACAAGAAAAUAGGCCUAGUAGAUCGUCUAACCCAGGUUCAGGGCCAGACUUCCUGUCAAAUCUUUGUAAUAUUGCUGACCAUCGACUUUAUAAAAUAGUCAAGUGGUGUAAAUCCUUACCACUCUUCAAAAACAUAUCGAUCGACGACCAGAUCUCGUUGCUGAUCAACGCGUGGUGCGAGCUGCUGCUGUUCUCGUGCUGCUUCCGGUCGAUGAGUUCGCCGGGUGAGAUCCGCGUGUCGCUGGGCAAGUGCAUCUCACUGGGGCAGGCCAGGCAGCUGGGUCUCGGCCCCGCCAUAGAGCGCAUGCUCAACUUCACCGAACACCUGCGCCGGCUGCGGGUCGACCGCUACGAAUAUGUUGCCAUGAAAGUCAUCGUACUGCUCACCUCUGAUGCGAGUGAUCUUAGGGAACCUGAGAAGGUUAGAGCCUCUCAGGAAAAAGCUCUACAAGCAUUACAACACUACACCCUUGCGCAUUAUCCAGACAUACCUUCCAAGUUUGGUGAACUGCUUUUGCGGAUACCAGAUCUCCAGAGAACAUGUCAGGUUGGGAAAGAAAUGCUUUCAAUAAAGAAUAAGGAAGGUGAAGGACCCAGUUUCAAUCUUCUCAUGGAGCUUUUGAGGGGUGAUCACUGAUAUGUGCCACUGGCUCAACUAUGUGCCUUUUUCUCAUUGGUUGGAUACGGAAGUGGGUUGGAAAUUGCCAACUCAACUGUCAACUUCUUUCACUUAAUCGGCAGUGCUGCCCUCUUUUCAUCAACGUUAUCAACGAUGCUACAUAGUACAUAUUUUUCGUCAUACAAUUAUUUCUAGGAUAGUUUAUACAAGUGAUUGAUGGUCGGAUUCUACUUGUGGCUGCACUCCUCAAUAUGCGGACAAAGUUCGUUUACUGUAGUAGGCUAUGUCUAUCAAUGGAAGUGUCCCUGUGUGAGCAAUAAUUUACAAUCUACUUCCUCUAAAUUCCCUCCUCCAUCUUCUGUAAAUAAUAAAAUAGAUUAUCAAUACAAUAUAUUUAUAAAUAUAGUUCUCUUGUGUAUGUAAGUGAUAUAGAAAUGCUAUUUCAGAAAUAGCCAUUUCAAGUAUUAUUGUCCUGAAUAGUUGAGGUGUGAGAGAGAGAAUGUAUGUUUUUAUGGUUGAUUUUAUUUGUUAUGAAAAAUGAAAACGUUUAGUAUGAAAUCUGUAUUAAAAUUUUGAUAUAUUCUAUUGUAAAUUAGUUGUUCAAUGUUGUUUUCCGAUAUAAAAUGCUUGAGCAGCUUUCAGUUAAGGGAAAACUGUGGUUUUGAAAUUUGAAUAUAUUCAUGAAUAUUUUAGUCUAGUUGCAUAAGUUCAAAAAGUUCGUAAUUAAAAAAUCUUCAAUUACUGAAUUAUUACAAAUAAAUACAAGACUGGACCUAGACAGUAAAUAAUAAUUGAUUGUCUUUGUUUAGCCUAUUAGCCAAAUCAUGGUUUUGAUUCAAACACAUCACAUUCUUGUCAUUUCUCAAGAAACCAUGAUUUGGUUUGACAAGUCAUUUAAAUAAUAAUUUUAAGAUGCUGUCUUUUUAAAUAUAUUAUGCUUUUUGUUUCUGGAUUGUGGAACUAGAAUUGACUUAGCAAGGGAUACUAAAAGGUGAUUCUUUGAGCAAUUAACCAUGUGAAUCUUACAGCAAUAAUAGCCUUUAAACAUAAUAAUAUUCUUCCCUUUUAAAUGACAUUGGACGAAUAUAGUUCAGGUUCUGACAUCAAAUUAAUGAUAAUAUAGCCUAUUAAUACGUCACAAAUUAUCAUAGUAAAUGAAUUAUAUCAGAUAACACAUCAAAGUCUUAUUUAAAUAGAUUUUUCUAUUAAAACUUUCUAUAUUUUUCAGUUAAUUCUUUAUUUGUUUCUCUGAAUUUCACUGUUGGACAUGUAGAAUUAAAAAUUUGUUCAGUGAUUUAAUUUAAAUAUAGUACAACUCCAAUGGAUUGAACCGAUUGGGACCAUGGAUAGUUCACACUUUCAAAAUGCUUUGGAAUAAAUUCAACAAAAUAUCAUUUGGAAUGAUAAUUUCAUAUUUAUGUAAUUUUUAUUCAAAUAUACUAUGCACUUUUCAUUUAUUUCAAUACGGCUACCUUACUUGAAAAGUAGAAAGAGUACUAAUAAACUAGAAAUUCUAUGUAAUAAAAUAGUAUACAAUAAAACAUUAUUGAUCAAUAAGCAGUGAAUAAUAAGUUAAGCCACAUGACUGAGCUAUAGCAUUAAAAAAGAAGACUUUCGUUCUGUUGUUUUGAUUCAUAUUAGAGAACUAUGCUAUGAUUAAAAAGCUUUUGGUACUGUAUUGUCUUUCCAAAUACCAAACAUUUUGCUAUAAAUAAGGGAAAAAUAAUUUGUACUUAUCGCUUUAUAACAAUUAUUAUUCAUUUUCUUUCUACCUACCGUAUAUGGUAUGGUGUAUUAAUCAAAUUUGAGGUGAAUUAGCCUUGUCUUCCAGCAAGCUUCCAUUUUUAGAAAGCUAGCUCAAGCAUAAAAUAUCUAUAGAAUCUGCUUUCAAAAAGCAGCUAUGUUUUAUAUUUUUUUCUAUAAAAAUUUAAAUAAAGAAUAUAUAUAUAUAUAGACUACAUUACUAUUAUAUUUACUAUAUAUUAUUUACAUAUGAGACUCUAAGUUCUGCAUAAUUAUUAUGAAGUCCUGUCUUAUAAUAUUUAAAUAAUUAUUGGAAUAAUUCAGGCUUAUCCUGAUAGCAUAAUAGGCCUGUUGUGCAUUCUAUCAAGCAAUACAAAAACUCCAACAUUCGUUGGUGAAAUUUAUGACUGUACAUUAUAUUUAUUGUGUAAACUGUACGUAUUAAUUUUCUCAAGUAACGAUUUUUUGUGAAUUUAAUGACAAAACAUGAAGUCUGCUUAAUACUUACUAAGAUAUCAGAAACAGUGUUUAAUAGAAGUAUUUCCUUUUGUAUGAAAUUAGAACAAUCUUCUAUACAUCUACUUUGAAAAGAAUAUGAAUCGAUCGAUUGUAUGAUUAUUGUGAAGUAUGUUUUUAAUUCUGACAACACCAAAAUAUUAAGAAUGUCUUCCAAAAUUAUUUUCAAAUCAGUCAUUUUUAUUUCUAAUCGAAUUUUCAUUUCAUCCAUAACAUUAGGUCUACAUAUCAUAUUGUGAAGAAAGAUUUUUGAAAAUUUGUACCUACCACGUCUCUUAUUCCUUCAGUAUUCACCUGAUGUCUAUGAGGAGCAUCUGCAUUAUUAUUUUGACAAUUCCACUGAGAUUCAUUAGGCUAUGAAACUUGUCUAGAUUUUUUGUUGCUACUAAAAUUGUUUUGAAUGAAUGAUUUUUCAAUGUUAUAGAUUUUGUCAAACAAGCAAUGAUCCGCAUCUCCCCUUUGUGAGCUUUUUCAAAAUUAUCUUCCCCCACUACUGGUCAAGUUUUAUUCUUAUUUUUUCACCACUAUAGAAUCUUCAGUUUUUUUUCUCAUCUUAGACUUUACAGUUACUUGACACAGUUAUUGUUUGUCCCAUAGGAAAAAUAAAUGAAAUACCUGUUCACCUCGUAUGGGCGAGGCUAUUGAUCAGGGUAUUGCAAAUCAUUAUUACUUUUUCCUGUUCCAUAAAAUUCAUUUUUGAAACUUGUCAAGAGCAAUAUCGAAAACAAUCUUUAUCAAUGACUGCUAUACAAGUUAUUGAUUAAUUAUUAAUUAAGAAAAUGACUGAUAAUUCAAGUUCAAUUGGAAAAAAGUUAUUGAAUGUAUACUAAUUGAUAUCAAAAAUAGAAAAUUGGUAGCUUAAUAAUACCGUAAAGUGAUAAUACCUUUUUCUAAAUAUAAUACUGUAAUUAUUUCUUCAAUUACUGGUUAGCUAGUCGCUAUUUUCUGUAGUUGCUGUUUAGCCAGCUCUAUUUCCAUCAAAAUGAAAUUGAAGUAGAUAUAACUCUAUUAUCUUAUCUUUACUACUGAAAUUUUGUAUAACUGAAAUAACGAGCAACAUUACAUGCAUUCUAUAGCAAUAAACAUUGAAAAUUAAGAGUGAUUACAGGGAAGAUUGAUUAGACACUAAAUUAUCGUUUUUGUACAUUCUCAUUUAAUAAGAAUAAAAAACCAAUGUUUUAAAUCUUGUUACCUCAAAAACAAACUUUGACCAUUUUUGUACAUCUAAUCUCACACUGUUUUGUAAAAUUUUGUUUAAUUUCAUUUAUUUAGAAAAAUCAUGUCAUUAUCAAAAAUGUUUAAUAUAACUACUGAAAAUUAAUUAAAAAACUAGCCUCUUUUGAGCUAUGUCCGUUGCGCUUUCAAGUUAUUACGUUAAGAAUACCAUAGAUCAAUUAAAUGUAAUGCCUGUCAUCAAACUUGACAAAACAGGGUUUAUUACGAGUUUGACUUUGCUUAUCGUUGAAAUUCUAUAUUACGUUAAGUUCAAUGAUUAAAAAUUUUAAAUAUUGAAUUACUUUGACUUUCAGAUACAAUUAUUAGAAUCAAUCAGAAAUUUUUAAAAUAAUCUUGAUAACCCAACGCCACCAUCUGAGCUGUGAAAUCGAUCUAUUUCGAUAUUCUAUAAUUAUACCUAUAUAGACUCAGUAAUAUCUUUUCUUUCUAAUAAGAAUUAAAUUUGUCUUUUAAUAAAAUGGAAGAUGAGAGAAAAUAUUUGUACCAUUCCUGAAAACUGUUACUUGGCAUUAAAUAGCCGUUCUCAAUUUUAA